GUUGGCAGGGUAACGGACCCGGACCUACCUUCUCUCUGAUUGUCUGCUUUUUUUUUGUACAUAUAGAUAUUUUGACGUAUAUAUUUGUUAAGGUAUUAUUAGUCAUUUAGAAUUUUUUUAAAAGCUGAUCUGUUUCUUGUCAUCCUAUCCGGUGAUAAAUCUGUCUCUGGUGUGUAAGAGCUGUAUUUGUUGGAGGCUGGGGGUUGUGUGUGUAUAUGUAUAUAUAGAUAGAUAUAUAUAAGUGUGUGUUUUUUACUGGAUUGACUGAUGGAAUGACGGCGUGUGCAGAGGAAGAGCAAAGAGCUUAAACACACACACACACACACACUCUCUCACUCACUCUCUCUCACACACACACUGAAAAAGAGAGAGAGAGAGAGAUAAAAUGGAGAAAGGAGAUCUUGAGAUGAGCCUGCAGGAGAAGCUGACUCUGAGUGAGAAAGGUCUCAGUAGCUCUCCUGUAGACUCGACCCUGAGACCAGAGAAGCAGAACGAGGAGCCGCUCAAAGCCGACGACACCACCGUCACAGAUUCCUCUCUGAUCACAGACCCUCCCUCCAAAAUAGAGACGCCCGUCAAACCCAGCAGCAGACCCAGCACACCUGCAAACAGCGCCACCCCUCAGAACAAAAAAGAUGGGAUGAGCUCAGAACAGAAACAGAAGCUGGCUAAACAGAGGAGAGAGGAGCGGGCCAAAUACCUGGAACAGAAAACCCAUGAGCAAGCGAUGAAGAAAGCUCAGUGGCUGGAGAAGGAGGAGAAGGCUCGGCGUCUGAGGGAGAGUCAGCUGGAGGAUCGGAGGAGGAGGCUGGAGGAGCAGAGACUCCGGGCUGAGAAACGCCGGGCGCUCCUCGAGGAGAAACAGAGACAGAAGUUUGAGAAGAACAAGGAGAGAUAUGAGUCUGCUAUCAAACGUUCGACUAAGAAGACCUGGGCUGAGAUCAGACAGCAGCGAUGGUCCUGGGCUGGAGGACUAAACCAGACGUCUCGCAGAGAGAGCAGAUGCUCGUCGUCCACCGUAAACCUGCCACGGCAGACAGAACCUGUGAUUAGCAACAGGCUGUCCAAGUCGUCUGCGACGCUGUGGAACUCGCCCAAACGAACUCGUAGCUUGCGUCUGAGCCCGUGGGAGAGUCGCAUCGUGGAGAGACUCAUGACCCCAACGUUGUCCUUCCUGGCCAGAAGCCGAAGCGCCGCCACACUCCUAAACAGCAGCGACCCUCAUCAGUGUUCCCGUUCUCCGUCUGCGUCUCUGUUAGCCGGCUGCUCCCACCAGCACACCGCGGACCGCUGGAGCUCCAGCACACCAGAUAUCACACAGCGCCAGCGCAGACGCAACUCUACACCAGCAAAGAAAGAGAAGAAGGACAAAGAGAGAGAGAACGAAAAGGAGAAGAACGCCAUCACUAAAGAGAAGGUGCAGAAGAAGAGACAGUCCGAGCCGAUCACACAACCCAAACCAGAGCUCAGCACCAACAUUAAACCUAAGAGUCGCGUUUCCUCCCCCGCUCCCCCCAGAAGUCGUCCCCUGUCCCCCAGUCCUGCCGCGUCCCCCAAACCCUUGUCCAUCCCCCCGUCGCGUCCUGCCUCUAAAACCCGACCCCGGCGUGCACAGACCCCGGCCCGAGUCCAGCCGCCCGCCGUGAGCAAAGUCACCGUGACCGAGACAAAGAAAGAACAACCGGCUCAAACCGGACCUGCUAAAGAGGCCAAGAUUCCUGCUAUCACAGUCUCCGCCUCUCCUGAGAAACCGGCUCCUGCCAGCCAGCCAAUCACAGAAGUUUCUCAGGCACCAUCAGAGCCAACACCCUGUAAUCCUCCUGCUGACUCCACCCCUUCUGGUACCAAGCCGAUGGCGGGCACUACAGACCCGGAGGAGGCGACAAGAGCGCUGGCGGAGAAACGGCGGCAGGCUCGUGAGCAGAGAGAGAGAGAGGAGCAGGAGAGACUGGAGCAGGAGCAGAGGAACAGAGCUCUACAGGAAGAGCGCGCUCAGCGUGAGGAGGAGGAGAGGAAGCGCAGGGAGGAGGAGCAGAGGUUAAUGGCGGAGCAACAGCGUCUGCAGGAGGAGAAGGAGGCGCAGGAGAGAGCUCAAGCCGAGGAGGAGGAGAACAUGCGUCUCCAGAAACAGAGAGAGGAGGCGGAGUCGAGGGCUCGAGAGGAGGCGGAGCGUCAGAGGCUGGAGAGAGAGAAGCACUUUCAGAAAGAGGAGCAGGAACGUCUGGAGAGGAAGAAGAGACUGGAGGAGAUCAUGAAGAGAACCCGUAAGAGUGACGCGGGAGACAAGAAGGAGGUCAAAUCUCCAGCGCAGCUCAACGGCAAAGACACGAAUUCUGUCCCGGCGCUUAAUCCAUCUGUCAAUCACAGCAACAGCACUCCAGCUUUUAACCAAUCACAGGGCGAGGUGAAAGCUAGCCCCGUGUCCUGGAACUCUGCGCCUUUGGUAAACGGUGUCCAGGACACCAAACACCACAACGGCCUGUCCUCCAACGGAGACUUCGAAGAGAUCAUCCAGCUGACCAAUCACAGCAGCGCUAACAGCCCAGGGCAGGGCCAGUCGCCGAGCGGGAUCAGCCCCGAGCCCAUCAAGGCCUUCGAGGGAGGAGAGCCCUUCAUCAUGAAGGCGGGGCCAAUGAAGCCCCAGCAUGUAGCAGAAGUGCUGUGAGGAAUCAGACGAGGCUUGUACGCCGUGUACAUGAGGCGGGGAGAAACAGAGGGAGAGUGUGUGUGUGUGUAUGUGUGAGUGUCAGAGCGACCACUUCAAAAAGACUAAGAGACUGAAAGACGUUGAGAAUCAUCUUCCUGACGUCCCUUAUAUGAAAAAGCCCCGGAGUUAGAGACAGAGCUUUGAGUAUUGUUAUGAGAAAUUAUUGUAUUAUUGGUAUUGUCGUUGUUCUUAUACUUAUCAGUAUUUUUUCUUUUCAGUUCAGAAAUAAACUGUGUGUGUGCGUGUGUGUGUGUGUGUGUGCGCGUGUGUGUUUUGAGACACAUCAGCAGAGAGAUUGAGGUGAGGAUUGAUUAUGUAAAUGUAUAUUUGCCUGACCUGUGAAAUAAAUCUUUAUUAAAAUGGG